AUGCUGAAGUUUGUGACAAAAGCGAUGGAUAUCAAGCUUCAAGGUGAAGCCAAGUUCACGACUAUUCUUGAAGAUCCAAUCAAACUCUUGAACCGUAUUGAACGAUUCAUGAAGAAGAGUGCCAACGCUGAGUAUGACUUCUUGGAUUUCUGGGAAGCCAAUCAAAAGUUCUUUGCGAUGAAACAAGGAACAACGGAAAACUUGAUGCAUUUCAAGGAACAAUUCUUGAGACAGGCUGAAGUCCUACAAGAUCUAUAUGGCGUGGCCUGGUUCCAAAAUUUUGCCUUCAAGACAAAAAGCGUAUGCUGCUAUUACUAG